AAUGUAAAUUCUCACUUGUCAAGUGCUAUUCACGAGUCUCAUUUCACCACUUCCAUUAUUGAAAUGUUAGUACAACUAUCACUCUUAUCUCAGUUUUCAUAAAAUACGCCAAAAUUCUUGGUGCGUUUUCUAUCAAUAUUCAGGAGCCUAUAGCCUACCCUGUACUCAAGUUUUACACCACCAUUCAUCCUCCACCGUUAUCAUCAUCAUCACUAUUAUAAUAACUUCACCACACACGACCCAGAGGCAGCAAACAUGGGUGGAAGAGUGAGCAAAAGUGGGAGGAGUUCUUCUGAGAAAUAUGUGAUGAAUUUGAAGGAGAAAGUUAGGGUCUUGCAAGAGGAGAUCAAGGAGAUGAUGUAUGAGAGGGAGAAGGACAGUAGAAGCUAUGAGAGAGACAUAAUGGUGUUCACUUUCAAGGAGGCAGAUUGGAAGCAAGAGGGUAAGAGGCUGAGGGAAGAGGUGAAGCAGUUGAGGAGUUUGGUAGAAGAGAAGGAUGAGAAGAUAAGAGAGAUUGAGGUUGGAUUGAUGGAGAAGAACAGUCAGAAAGAGUGGGAAUUGAUGGGAACUAAACUCUUGGUUGAACAGAUGAAGGAGGAGAGAGCAAGAAGAGAUGAAGCUGUCGAGAAGUGGAAGCAACUAUAUCUUGAAAUCAAGAAUGAGCUUGAUGAACUCAUUCAAAGAACAUACGAUGGGGAUGGUUUGUAUUGGAAAGCAGAGGAAAAUGACAUAGAAAUGGAAAAUCUGAGAAAGGAAUUGCAAGAAAAGGAGGAAACUGUGAAGGUCUUAAAAUUCCAAUUACUUGCAAUGGAGAAAGAGAAGAACAAAAAGGAGAGGGAGUUUGACCUGUUAAGGCAAAGCCUGAGGAUUAUGAAUGGCAAGAAGAGUUCAAUUCAAACCAAAGAGAGUCUCUUGAGGAGCAAAUUGGGAAAAUGAAAAUGCAAACACACUGCACACAAAACCUAG